GACCCUUAUUUACUUAAUUGUUAUCAAAGAGGAUUUGUUGCUCUUUUUUGAUAUUUUAAACGGGCUGUUUACGAGGACUAGUUAUCAGUGAAGAACAACCAAAUAUCAGUAGGUUUUUUAAGGCACUUCUCAAUCAGCAAGGAAGAACUCGAAAAACUCUCAUACAAACGUAACCCUUAUGGACGACUGGUCACUGAGGGAAAACAGUGACUCCCAUGUUGGGGUCAACGGCUAUGUCGAUAAUAUGCAAUUUUUAUGGAAGUUUCAGCCUUUGAUUCCAGCGAAUGAAGGCGAUGCUUCACAAUCCUUUGCCGAUCUCAAUACAUCUAAUUCUACGACAGAUCUUCCAGACGAAAAUGAUGAUUUAGUAGAUAAGCUGUUUCGAGAGAGCUUGGCUAUGCAAAACAUACAAGAACCUGAGGCAACGGAUUUGAACAGUCAUAAUCACCAGCAACAAGUACAACAGCCACAACAAUCCCAGCAAUCACAGAACAAUACACUCCAGAUGCUGUUGUCCUCCCCUCCUCAUCCUAUUCAUAUGGAUUUGAAUUCAACGCCCGAGAAAAUUAAUGAUACGGCAUCUGUUAUCGGUAGCAAACGUCCAAGGUCUCCCGUGCUGAUGGAUGAAUAUCCAUUUACUCGUAACCCGCUACCAGCUGUCUCGUCGCAAUCGAUACCACAGCCACCGCAAUCUGUACCAGCACAGACAGCGAUGCGAACACGGGGCUCUAUAGAGCCCUUAUCUCAUCCACAGCAAAAUCACUUCCUUCAAAAUCAAACGACAGAAACGUUCUCUCCAUUUAGUCAACAUAAACCCAAUACAGGAUAUAAUUCAAUAUCGCCCAUGCAACACCAUCUACCUGCUGUUCAAGCGUCUUCUUCUACACCGACUGCAGGAAUUACAGCUACAAAAGUAAUGGAUGCAACGGCUACUAACACAUCAGCCGCUGCUUCUUCAAUUAGUAGUAACUAUAAUCAGAAACAAUCAGAUGGAACCUAUAAUAACACUAUCGUAAACACCUCACCUGUGAACCCUUCAUACCAGCAGUUAACAUUGAACCCUCCAUCGCCUCACACACCAGUUAAUUAUAAUUCUCCUACAGUAUCGUAUCGAAACAACCAUGUACCAACAACUCUCGCUGAAACGAGCACCGUAUCACAAUUCCCUUUUUCUGCUUCUAAUGGAGGCUCAAUGAAUACAGUAGUAUCUCCUUCAUCUCCACCACCAAUUUCCUCGGGCACAACAAAAUCUAUGGCAGCACAACCAUAUAUUUUACAAAAUCAGCAUCACCAGCAGCAGCAGCAAUAUCAACAGCAACAGCAACAGCAACAGCAACAGCAACCGCAACCGCAACAGCAACCGCAACCGCAACCGCAACACAACCGCACCAACAAUAUCAGCAACGGCCACAGCAGCAACAGUUUUUGCAAAAACCACAAGCACAGCAGUAUCAACAAACUCUGCAACAGCAACAAUUAAAGCAUAAUCAGUCUUUUCAACAACAACAGCCUCAGCAACCAGCACAACUGACACAACCGCAAUUGUCACAGCCAUCACAACAACCGAUGCCACAAACUUCGGCUUACAUCCCACAACAUAUACCACAGCGACCCACGCAGCAGGCUUCGCAGCAGACAGCACAGCAAUCCUCACAGCAAUUUUCGCAGCAGUCAACGCAGCCUUUGCAAUCGCCACUUUUACGGAUCCAGCAACAACC